CACAACACAGGAACAUUUUCCCUGGACCCAAAACCCCAAUGUUCUAUUGCGAUGACUAUGAUCAGAAGUGGCAGCAAGUGUGUUUGAAUCCUUGGGUACGUCUAUCAGACAUACUGACAAAUAUAGACCCUGUCCAGACCAAUUAAGAUGAAAUAAAGUUUAUUGGAAUUAGCCCAAAUUGGAUCCAAGAUCAGGUCUUGCUUACUUGCAACCCAGCAGACCUCUAAGGUCAGAUGAAGCAAAGUGAAGGUGGUGGAGUAAAAUAAUUACAUAUACUGUAUGAUACAGUAUCAGCAAAUAAAUUGAGCGCUAACACAUGACAAUGCUAGCUUACAUUAUGUAGGCUAUGUCAAAGCGAAGGAGCUAAUGGGAUCAUUUAUGCAGAGUUCUGUGUGGCAAUAAACACCUCUUUAAAAAUGCAACCAAACUUUAGGACAACAAGAGUAGGCUAUUGAACCAUUAUUAAAGUUUUCGACAUUGACACCCCCCAGUGGUGGCAACAACACAGAAAACGUAAACCACUGCUGGUUUGAUUCUGCACUAUAUCCAGGUUAAGAAAACACACGCCUUUAUUUUUUUAUUUUGAAAAUCGCAACCGGAACCGCUGUGCUGUUGCGCGGCGUUUGACUUGACAGAUGGCGGGCGAGAGACGCUCCUCUCGGCUGUCUCUCUCGGUCCGUUGGUCCAUCCCGGUUCCCCAUUGUCUCCCCUUUUCACUCCUUGAAGACAACCCCGAGACGACAAACUAAACUUAGCCGUUAUUCCGCUUAUGUCGCCUUCCUUUGGAGACUUACCACGACCUGAAAUUUCACCCUGUCCCUGUUCAUCUGAAAUGUGGACAUGCUUUUCUCUCUCUCUUUUUUAACGUUGUAGGGAUGUAUUCGCUGUAACGGAGGGGGCAGUGAAUUGACCGACCAGCGGCUGACGGAGCUGGGAGCACGGUUGAUGGGGGAGAUGAACCGCAGGAGGACUUGUUAGCCCAACAGAGACGCCGAAACCACCUUCCAGGGGGCUGUUGACACAUCACAGCACCCUAGCAACAAUUUUACUCUCCGUUUUUAUGAGUGCAUAAAACACCAAGUUCAGACAGAGGGAGGGGAAGAAAAAGCAAAGAUACUGGAUUACAACGGCGGUGGGUGUUUUUGUUUGUUUUUGGCUUGAAUGAACCCUGGAGGAUGUUGCCGCUACAUGCCCGUUACUUCCCCUGAGAGGAGAGCACAGGAGAGGAGCUCGUCUGUGAAAGAAGGCAGGGGACCACUUGCACUUGUUUUCUCCACCUUGAAACAAAUGAGGCUGUUUCAAUCCAAGUAGCGUUUACUCGAGAUUAAUCAAUUAAAAAAAACAUUUCAUGUGGAUCAUAUAUACAUCUAAAUCUCACCACCUCUCAGCGCUUUUCUAGUCUUUUCUUCAGUGUUGUUUAAAGUGGCUACUGUAGCGUGUUAAUUCAGUGUAUUCAUCUUAGACAAGGAUGCGGCUAAUCAAUGUGAUUGGCUGGACUUUCUAGUCCACUUAAAGGCUGAAGGUCCUGGAGAAGUGGACCCUGUGUGGAAAUAAUUGAAGUCCGUUUAUUUGCCUCAGGUGACCCACAUGAUUAGAAAUCUGAAUUAAAUCUGUGUUGUGAUCAGUCAGUCAAUCAAAAUGCACCACACCAGCUGACUUAUCAGACUACUAAACUGCUCAGCUGGCAGAGGCUUGGAAAGGGGCUUUCCUCUGUGGACACAGAACAAUUUGUGGAUGUGAAUUACCCAAAGGCCCACCUUCCAUUUUUGAUCCCUGACCUUCUGUGUGUUGAAAAUCCAGGGGACCACAUUUCAGGCUGUUUACCUGUCUGCAACCCCUCCAUCUGAAUGAAGUAGUAGCCUUUUAUUCCCCUGAGACCCAGCGAGUACAGGCUGUGCACUUGGUUCACUGAGGCCCAAGCAGCGAGCGCGCCCUCUACCUGGGCUGCCAGCCAGACAGCCAGACAGCCAGCCAGACGGCCCUCCGGGGGCUUUUGGAUUUUGAAGGUCCAGCUGGAGACUUGGGAGUUUUACCCAGAGUUAUUUCACCACGAGCAUCACUGGAGAGAAGGGAGGAGGACACCAUGGGGUGCUGUAGUGGCAGGUGUACCUUGGCCUUCAUCUGUGGCAUGCAGCUGGUCAGCGUGUUGGAGCGUCAGGUGAUAGAUUUCCUUGGCUACCAGUGGGCUCCCAUCCUGACCAACUUCCUCCACAUUGUGAUCGUCAUCCUGGGCCUGUUUGGCACGAUUCAGUUCAGGCCGAGAUACGUCACUGGGUACGCAGCCUGGCUGGUCGUGUGGAUGACCUGGAAUGUUUUCAUCAUCUGUUUUUACCUGGAGGUUGGAGAUCUGUCCAGAGACUCUGACCUUGUCCUGACGUUCAACCUGUCCAUGCAUCGCUCCUGGUGGAUGGAGAACGGCCCGGGGUGCAGGGUGACACCCAUCACCCCUCCACCCUCCUGGGCACCCGAGGACCACCGAUAUAUAUCUAUAUCUGGCUGUCUGAUGGAUUUUCAGUUCAUAGAGGUGGCUCACUCCUCGCUGCAGAUUCUCCUGGCUUUGAUGGGGUUUAUCUACGCCUGCUAUGUGGUCAAGCUCAUUUCAGAAGAGGAGGAUAGCUUUGAUUUUAUAGGAGGGUUCGACUCGUACGGUUACCAGGGGCCUCAGAAGACCUCCCACCUUCAACUACAGCCCAUGUACAUGUCCAAGUAAACCCAGGUGCUACUCCAGGAGCGCUGCCUUACCAGUCACCACUGCUUAACAUCCUGCUUUUACUACUCCAACUGUCUUUUAGUAAACAACACCAAGACACCGACAGGAUACAGAAGACACUAAGAUAUUCUGUGUUUCAACCUCCAAAUCCCCCACUUGGUCAGAUUGCUUCCCUGUGCUGCCUGUCUGCUGUUUUUUAACAGAGAGAGGUCUUUUCCUGAUGAAACACCGGCCUCGUGUGGCUGAACACGGCAACUGCAGGACCUGUGUGAUACACCGGUACAGACGAUUCUGGUAACAACUGCAUUUAUUUAUUUAUUUUUGGUCUCUGGUAGACUCAAUCAGGAGCCAAUGACUUGCUUCCUCUUGUGCUGUUGGGCAUCUGCCUUGUGACAGAAACCAAAGGGAUGUAAAGAGGCUACGACUCAUUGGUGAAUUACUGACGCAUUUCUUCGAGCUUCUGAGGAGAACGCAAAUGUUGUGGCACCUAACAACUCUCUAGUGCAGAUUCGCCUGACCAAAGACUAAGGACUUCCAAACUGACCGAGCAUCUACUAACAAGGCUGCCGAUAUGGGAAUGUCAAACAUCUUUUUUUCCCUAAGAUUUCUUUCUGCAUUUGGGUUCUUGUUGCAGCAAAGACGUGGGGCGGACUUGCCACAUGUUAUUAUCCUGUUCCUUCACCCAAAAAAACAUUGAAUGUUAAAUAACGUGUGUAGAUUUACACACUUUCAUUUCAUAUGUGCAUGUGUACAGUAAACAGACACAUCCAUACACACACACACACACACACACACACACACACACACACACACACACACACAGGCAUUAGGUAAGGCAUAUGUGAAUUCACACAUGCAUGCACACAAACACACACACACACAGCAUAUAAAACUUUUUUACUACUAAUGUGAAUCUUAAUGUUUACAAUAGAAAUUCAGUCUGCCUGACAGAAAGGCUGAACACCUGACAGACAGGUAGACUGGAAGACAUACAUGAGACUUUUCAGCUACAGCCUCCUAAAGGCCAUGGGGUCUUUUCUGCCAUAUUAAUACAGACAGGACAGUAGUUCCAGAUGUGUCUUUUGGUCUCUUGCUGUCUAAAUAUUUUGUCUUCCAUCCAAGACAGGCUGGUAGGGGUAGAUAGAAACAGAACAUGACAAAAAAAAACAACCACAGAAGAGGGAUUGAGCUCAGUCAACAGUUUCCCUUCCAGCUCAGUCCUUUCAUAGACACCAGGCUCUCAGUGCCAAGCUUCUGUUGUCACUCGCUCGUCUCUGUCAGCAGACAACCUUUCCCCUUUUUUUCAGAAUUAGUAAAAAACAAGCUGGAAGCCAACUCAAGUGCCCAAUCAGCCUAAUCUUCACCAUCCACCUCUUUGUAAUAACAUACAGUCCACAGGCAACGCUUACAUAAGGGAAAAGGCACACACUUUACAGAAAUGACAAUCACAGUCAGAGUUGCCUGAAUCUUGUGAUGGUUUGGCAUUUUUCUGUACCAUAAAAUAAGUGACACAAAGCUGAAAAAUGGCUGUCAUCGUGUGAGAACAGCGAAACAUUUUUUACCGGUGGACAAAGAUUGAGACAAAAGAAGGAGAAAUGAGACGACAGAGGCUGAAUCUUCAAUGAUUCUGCACUCGCCUGCAGGCUAACGAGGAUAAACAUGAUAUCAGUGAGAUGCCGGAGACCUAGCAGCUCCCCCUCUUCACUUCACUACUCGAAUUUAAAUGUUGAAAGUGCCAACUACUGUACCACUAUGUGGACAUCUGUAGAGCCUGGUUUCUGAAAGCCACAGGCUGGGACCAGAAAAUAACAGGUCUCAGGUUCUCUUUUCUUGAGUUCCCGUGUAAGAAAAAUAGCGAGGAUAUUACAAAUCAAAAAAUUCACAUUUGCAUUCCAGGCGGCCAGCAGGUUUUCACUUUUAUUCUGCUUAGAAAAAUCAACUGAUUCCUUCUGGAGACUUGACUGAACAUGUUGCAUUUAUGUUGCAAUAACUGGACCAAAAGUUUGAGGCCUUCUCCGUCAACCAAGGAACAUUUCUGAGCCAAAACAACGGCUUCUCUUGACAUAAAGGAUGGACUAACAGGCUAUUUCCCUCUAUAAACCAAUCUCAAAGUCCACCUUCCACCCCCGUCUGCCACUUAUCUUCAGCAGUUCAUGUUUUGUAACGAAUCUGUGGGUUACGUUCAGAGUCGCUGCCCCGUGAGGCUUCACUGACGCUCACUCUGAAGGACAGAACAACGUUCGUGUGUUUGCAUGAGGUGUUUCCAAACUGUUGCAUAUUUAAUCUCAUGCUGCGUGUGACUAACUAAGCUACUUAAAAUGGGAACUGUUUGGCUUGUUGAAUGCUCCUCAACUCUCAUCAAAGAGUCCUAAAUGUGAACUUUGUGAUUUUUUUCUAUAAAUAACACAGUCUGAAAUGUCUGCUGAGUACAGGAGAAAAAUAGGUAAUGUAAAACAAUGAAAUGUAACUUUGAACUUCUAGACGUUUUUUAAUCACAUGUGGCCGUGUUUACUGUUUUUUCUAGUUGACUACUAAUGUAUAAUGUUGUGUACAAGUGGGACUACUAUGUUUUAUUUCUUCUAAUUGUACAGCGUAUUUGACAUGAGAGCGUAAGAGGAGAAUGGGGGGGAAGAGAAUUAGUUGCACUAUAGUCUGUAAUUCGUUCAUUAACCAUUCUGUCAGGGCCAGAAAUUCACUUUCAGUUCAGCACAUAAUUAACUUUACAAAAUGAAUUUAUAUUUGAAUUAUCAUCCAACACCACACAUAGCUUUUUAAUAAAUAACAAUGACUGCACACGAAGUGUGUUUUUGCAGAAUUCAAUGAGGAGCUAAUGUGGUGAAAAGGGUCACAUGUCUAUUAUUUACAAGCUUAAUUGAAAAAGAUAGUUGGUCAUUAGCAAAAGACACUAUUUGAACUGAAAGUGAAUUUUUUCAUUUAUCCGUCUUUAAUAGAGUCGAUCAGUUCGAUAUUACCUGGUUUUGUGGAACCAAUAUCAACCUGAACACCAAUCCAGCAGAUAUAACAACAGACUAAAGCAAUUAUUCAGAGAUUCAAGGAUUUCAGAUAUAUAAUGUGACCCAAAUGUGUGGGGUGUGUGUGUGUGUGUGCAAACUGCGUGCGUGCGCGUGUUAGACUUUGUACUGCUGUACAUUGUACUUUUCUGUGUCAUGGUGAACUGAACGACACUUAACCCAGAUCCUGGAAAGCCACAACGUCAACACAAAUUAAACUGAAGGAAAUUGAGGAACUGAAUCAAAGAUUGUUAAUGAACAGCAAUAACAACAGUAAUAAUGUAUUUUAAAGUAAUAAUAAAGACAGAAUCUACAUAAUUCAUGGUUUAUCUUUAUCUUCACCGAUGCUUGAUCAUAUUCAGACUUUGAACAGUCAAUAGAGAUUUUGUCUGUAGAUCUAAGAACGCACAUGGGUACAUAAAGAGUUAAACAUUUGCAGAAGAAGCUGGAGUCAAGUUACUGUUUUGUUGAAUGGUGUCAAUAAACAUUCAGUCAAGCCAUCGUCUCUCAGUCUGGGCUAAAAUAUAGCUACUCCAUUAUGAAGCUUUACAGUAGUGACAGGAGAAUACAGGUAAUAAAAGGGAAAUACAUAUAUGCUGUGGGCUACAUUUUCACAAGAUUUUAAAUUCAAUUUUGAAUUUGAUGAACAAAAUGCAGAAUCUUCAGCUUUAUUUAAACUGUUUUGACAAAUGUUUUGAAGUGUUCAACCAUUUAAAGCCCCCACAAACUUAAAAAAGUAUUUCUCUAUAAUCUUAAAUAUUUAUAACUAUAUACUAUGGGUAUGGCUUGACCAGAUUUGACUGAGUACAAUAAGCAUUAACAUUGCAAAAUCCUGAUUGGUCCGUACAUGCCAUCACCUCUUGCCAUCUGAGCCACAUCCACUUUAAGACAAUAAAAAAAACCCAAAACUGUUCUAACUCAACAGAAAAACAUUUUCUUUAUGUGGAAUCCUAUCAUAUAUUUAAGACGCUGAUUGACAAAAUACAUUUUCAGGGUCUUAAAGUAUUGUCAUUGUUCUUUGUACAAUUACUCUAACUAGGAAACAGCUGCAACGAGAACAAGGUAGAAUGCUGAAAAUUACAGCACAUGAUCCUGUAGAAACAUCACACAAGAGAAAAGUGUAGGACCCAGGACAGAGCCCUGAGGUACUCCACAGUCCAGCUCUGCUUCCUUAUGUACAUAGUAGACAACUGCUUAUCUUAGAAAAUGAACAAAAAUGUCUAAUGUUCCUACAAAUCGUCUCUGAAACAUUCUUUCUGCUGCCGAAGCAGAGACAAUUAUGGUAGAGGAGCAUUUAGAAAGUGCAAUAACACAUUAUCAUAAUACAUUAAGCAACUUUUCACAGUGUCAGUACGUCAAUGCAGGAACGUGCCGCUAACUGUCAGUGAAAACAGGAAUAUCCAAACUGUCUCUGUGGCUCUGGGUUGAUUUGUGAAUGUUCACCACUGACUAGAACCAUCUAUGUUGGUUUAACUCCUUCUCUUUUUGUGAUGGUUUUCCCACAGGUGACUGGCUGUACAUAAACUAGACCGUUGGGAAUAAAGUAGACAGUGGAGAAGGAAAGUUUAUACUGAGUCCUCUGUUCUCUGACAUCCUUCACUCAUUUUUCUCUACUUUGUAUUACUUCAAAUGAUUUACAUUUGCUACAUUAUGCAUGUAAACAGUCUUGAGUUUUUUUGGGGGGGUGUUGAUGGUGUCUUUUAUGUCCAGCAAAGUGUUUUUUAGUAUUCCAGUUCUUUAGAAAAUCUACUUUCUAAAAUGACUAAAAUAAAGUUAAAGUUGUUGAAACAGA